UCUGAGAUGUCUCUUGAGAGCUUCAACGACAUCAGAGCCGAGGCUGAUGGAGAGAUCUCUGACGGUGAAGAUUCAGAUUCCGACAAGGAAUCUGCAGGGUUUUACACUCUCCCAACGAUCAUGUCUCGCGGGAGAAGAAAAGUCAACGUAUCCACCCGUUUAGAGAAAGAUAACGAGGUGAUGAACGUCGAUACGUUAGUUAACCAAAAAAGGUACGGUCACGGUUUUAAUUUUAACGGUGACGAGAGAGACAGUGACAGAGACGGAAACUGUUAUGUAAGAGGAGGGGAAGGAGAGUUGACGGUUUUUUCAAAGGUGAAAGGAGGAAAGAAGUCAAUGAAGAUGGGUUUUGAGGAAGUGAAGGCUUGUAGAGAUCUCGGGUUCGAUCUUGAAGUUUCGGGUCGGGUUUCAGUAUCCAACGGGUCGAACCGGGAGACUCAGACUACUAGUAGUGGCAGCAACUCUCCCAUU